AAAAAAAAAAAAAAAGAUAUCUGAAAGGAGCAAAACAAUAUCCAGAGUGGUUCAAUGGACAUUUUCUCCCCGACAUUCCUGGAUAUUUAUGCUAAUGGAUUUCCUCCUAAUUGGACUGUACUUAAAGUGGCCACUGAAGAAACCCCCUGGGUUGAUACUGUAUUCAUUGGGUAUUUUUUUGAGAACUGUUCCUUUAGCAGAGGCAGUUUGUCCAAAGCUGUGCCGCUGCGACAGCAAGCUGCUGUAUUGCGAGGGGCUCAACCUGACAGACAUCCCCCGCAAUUUGAGCAGUGCCAUGGGCCUGUCCAUGAGAGAGAACAACUUGACCGAGCUGCGUGAAGGCCAGCUAGCUGGUCUGUCACAGUUAACCUGGCUCUAUUUAGAUCAUAACAACAUUGACAUUGUAGAGGAGGGUGCAUUUGAGAAGCUGAGACGGGUCAAGGAGUUGGACCUGAGCAGUAAUCGGAUUGAAAGUCUGCCAAAUGGUACCUUCAGGCCCCUCCCAAACCUUCGCAUUUUGGAUCUCUCAUACAACAGGCUACAGGCCCUCGAGCCUGACCUGUUCCAUGGCCUUAGAAAGCUUACCAAUUUGCAUUUACGUUACAACAAUCUCAAAUUUGUGCCAGUGCGUAUUUUUCAAGACUGCAGGAGCAUGCAGUUUCUGGAUUUGGGAUACAACCAACUGCAGGUUUUGGCUAGGAAUUCCUUUGCUGGCCUAUUCAAAUUGACUGAGUUGCAUCUUGAGCACAAUGAGCUGGUCAAAGUCAACCUAGCCCACUUCCCUCGUCUUAUCUCUUUACGCACCCUCUACAUGCACAACAAUCAUGCCACAAUUGUUGUCAACACACUGGAGUGGACCUGGCAAUAUUUAGAGAAGAUUGACCUUUCAGCCAAUGAAAUUGAGUACAUUGAGCCACAUGUUUUUGAGAGUACUCCCAACCUCAAAGUCCUGAUGCUUGACUCGAAUCGUCUGACUUAUUUGGACCAGCGCAUCCUGGAUUCAUGGUCGUCUCUGGACAGCAUUACCCUGGCAGGCAAUGACUGGGAAUGCAGCCGCAAUGUCUGUGCCUUGGCCUCUUGGCUGAGUGCUUUCAGAGGCCAGCGUGACAGCUCCCUGCUGUGUUCAAGCCCUGACACGGCACAGGGUGAGGAUGUUUUGGAUGCAGUCUAUGCUUUUCAGCUAUGUGAGGAUUCACCAGCAGAAGCAACCACAGCGGGCCUGUAUGCCUCAACAAGAGAUCUGGCCAAGGGUGGUUCUGUGUUUCUAGGCCUUUUUACCCCAAAUCCCUAUGAGGGUGAGGGUAGUGAGGUGAUAACAAGUUCUUAUACUGUUACAGUGGGCCAAGAUGACCUGGACAGCACCAUGCAGAUCCACAAGGUAGUGACUGGUACUAUGGCACUCAUCUUUUCUUUUCUUAUCUUAGUUCUCAUGUUAUAUGUGGCAUGGAAGUGCUUUCCAGCUGGAAUAAGGCAACUGAGACAGUGCUUCAGCAGCCAGCGCCGUAAGCAGAAGCAAAAGCAAAGCAUGCAGCAGAUGGCUGCAAUUUCUACACCAGAGUACUAUGUUGACUAUAAACCUAACCACAUUGAGGGAGCUUUGGUAAUCAUUAACGAGUAUGGCUCUUGCACCUGCCAACAACAACCUUCACGAGAGUGUGAGGUGUGACUUUGCUUUUUUCACUACAUCUUUACCUGUGAUUAUAUGGAUUUACACUAAAUCCCUUUUAGGAUACCUAAGAGAGGGAGAUGCUGUAAAACAAAAGGGAAUAAUUUCAUCUCGGACACUUUUUACACAGCUUUUCACUGUGAUGCGAAGGGAGUACGAUGUACCUACCAGACUAUGGUGGAUUUACCGAUACAGCUGUUUUGAAAUCAAAAGGCAUAUUAGGCACCUGUCAAUGGGACUUGUUGAUGCCCUAAAACCCCACAGAGAGGAACAUGUUUUGUGCACUGGGGGCUUUUCUCUCAUGAAAGAAUGUUUGAGCUUUAAUGUCUCUUUCUAUUUCAGAACAUUAAAAAAAAAAUGUUUAAAGACAAACUGGGACGAACAAAAAGACAUAAAAUAAGAAAAAGAAAAACAGUAAACCAUUUGUAUUAUGGUACAUACACUAUUUGAGGAGCAUUUAAAAUAUGAAAAAAAUGUUUAAUAAAAAAAAAAAUGUAAAAAUAAAAGUCUGUGUAAAAUAUGAAAAAAGAAGCGCAAGUGUGGACUAAAGUGAAAAAAAAAUGAUAAUCUAUUUCUUUUGUAAAGUACAAAAAAUGUUUAAAUAAAUGAAACACUAUUCACAGUAAACUCAUUUGUAUGUGAGAAGCCUGUCACAGAGGAGGAGGAACAAUAGACGCAGUCUUUUUGCUCAUGGACCAGAGAGCCAUGAUUCUGCACUGUAUCAAACCGAAAAGAAAUGAUGAAAUACUGGGGAAAAAAAGUAAAAAAUGAAUAAGGCAAACAAAAAUCUGCAUCUCAUCACCAACUCAAACUGCUUCAGCCACAUUUACUGGUUUGCCAUUAAUUUUUUGACUUGUUAUCAGCAUAGUUUUUUCUCAUCCCCUCAUUUUGAACAUAUUUACAAUAAUCAAUUUCAUUUUUGUAAGCAUGCUGUAAUUACAUUACGUCACUAAAUGUAUUGCAUUGAAGUAAAAAAAAAGGCAGAACAACUCUCAUUAAUUUUUGGCUGUCAUAGAGUAGAGUUUCCACAUUUUUCUCUUAUAAACACAUAAAUCCAUCAAUCAUUGACAUCAUGCACAUGUAGUUAAAAAUGUAUUUCAACUAGUGUCCAAACUCCUGAUGAAAUUUCCACCAGCUUCAAGCAAUAUUUGCACAUGCGGUGUUUACCACUGUGUUUUCAUGUGUUAUAAAAUGUUUGUUGAAUACAAGGCCAUGUAGAGGUGUGUAUGUGUGUGUAAAUCCUUCCUCUGGUCUUCACUGUGUAAAUUAGCGCACUAAGAGAUGUGGCAUUUCCUGGCUCCUGUAAAAUGAACAGUGUGCUGCGUGAAAUGGGGUUGGGGGUUUUGAUGGGUAGGUGGGUGUGGUGGGAGGUGGGGGGUUGAUCACAAUAACUGUAGAAAGAGGUAACACACUGCUCUCUAGUGUGCAUAUUCUCCUACUGUGACUGCAUCUUACAUUCUGUUCACCGUGUUCUGCAGAUUCCUACGGCAGGGGCAGCGUAGGUAUACCAAAAUUGCAAAUGCUUUUCUGUGAAAACGAUAAUUUUGCAUCAUUCUGUGAUAUUUUGAGAUAAAUAAAAAAAAAAUAGAUGUUUAUGAAUUCUAAGUCAGCGAGAAUAAAUGUGUUAUGAGAAAUCACUGAUAAUCAUUACACCCCUCCCCAGUUUCAAAAAAAGUACUUUGACAAACUUCUCAAAUAUGAACAAAAGAAAAAUUCUUAGCAUAGAUGGUAAUCAUGCAUUCCCAAUGAAUAUGCAUUGAAAGGAUCCAAAAGAAUCAGGUCAGGGUGAAGAAUGGUUUGAUUUGGUUUAAACUGUUGGAACAUGUUAGAGGUGAUACAAAGCCUGGAGCUAAGAUCAGCCUAAUGAGGAGUGAUAAGGAUUAAUGGUCCCACAGGCAAUCAGGUCUGAAUGUGGGGGGAAAGAAUUUGGAAGUAAAUUAGGAUAGUCUUAACAUUUAAUACUACACAUUUUGAAAUAUAAUAUAUGUAUCCGUCAGAUGGUUUUUGCAAUUAAUUUUGACAUCACCUAAUUUUCUUUUCUUUUUUUUUGUUAAAAAAGCUUAAACUUAGCACACAUAUUCUUGUGUCUUUUAAAGAAAAUACUAUUGGAAGUCUAAAAGGGUCAUAUGAGGGUCAAGGAGGUUUUAGUUUGUUUUAGCUUGGUGGAACAUGUUAGAGGUGAAACAAAGCCUAGAGGUAAGCUUAGCCUGAAGUGAAGAGAUGAGGAUUUAAUUGCCCUGAGGCAAUUAUGUGUCUGAAUGUUCAACAGGAAAGAAAUUUGUCAGUAAUUUAAAAUAACUGUAUCUUAAUAAUUUGGUUCCCAUCAUAAUGACACAGAACAUAUGUUGAUGAACUUGAAUACAAAUUUUAAUGUAUAUUUUUUUUGACAGUGCUGUCUGUAAAAUGAAGUUCCAGAAAUAAUAUUUAAUUUGAAAAUUUUUAUUUUAGGCAAACGCCUUAGUGAUAAUAUAAAAGUAAUGUAUAGGACUAAUGGGGCAAAAAAUAGGCUACAGUAUAGACAUACAACCAACUACAUGCUCUUCCCCUCUUGGCUGAUAUCCACUAAAACUACUAAUAUGUCCUUAUUGAGGAGAGGGGCUAUGUUUAAGGUAUAUGUUUGGUGUUACACUGGAAAUAUGUUCAGUUUACUCUGGUUCUAUCAGCAUUUAU